AUGAAUACUUCUAAAAAAAACAUUUUAGAAUUCAAUAAUUUAACAUAUUAUGGAGACCCUUACAAAGAAGACAAUUUAGAUAUUCCUUCUAUUAAAAUAUCCGCUGUUUCUGGUAAAUUCGUUUCCGGUGAAAUUUAUUACGCACUUUUUAAUUUUUGGGAAAAUCAAUAUAAGUUUUUAGAAUUUUUUAGUGGUAGAAUGAAUAGACAUGUAAAAACAUACGGAGAAGUUUUGUACAACGGUGAAGAAAGAGAAUGGGAUGAUUGGUCUAAGAAAAGUUGUUUUAUUAUUCUUGACUCUUCAUUCAAUAAAUAUAAUAAUAUUAUAUUAUAUUUAGAAGCCAAUUUAAAAAUGAUUUAUCCUGACAGAGUAGAUUUUAAUGAUAUGAUACAAGAAAUUAUGACUAAAUCUUAUAAUAUAAUUGAGGAAAGUGGUAUAAAAAUAAAUGAUAUUAAUAUUACAAGUUACAUAGUGGCGUGUACACUGUUAAAUCCAGAUGUAUUAUUUAUCGCAAAUUAUUUUAUUAUGACAAGCCCAGAAGACAGAACGUUUUUAGACUUGUAUUUAAGACAAUAUGUAAAAGAUAAUAACACUAUUUUGGUUUUAUUAGAUGCUGUAGAUAUAUAUGAUAAUGCUUUUAUUAGUACAUUAAAAAGUAAUAUAUUGGUAUUUAAUUUGGGUGUACUGGUGUAUAGUGGGUUAUCUGAAGAAUAUUAUAACAGUAUGUACAAUAUUGCUAAAAAAAUAUAUCCAAAGAUAAACAACGAACAGGAUAUAUUAGAUGUUGCGAAUGACGCCAUUUGCGAAGAAAAUAACAAAUGUUUACAAGAUCUACAGUUAGAAACAAAAAGUAAAUCUUCUAAUAACAUCUACAUUACAACGGCAGAAAUUAAUCGUAAAGAUGUAAUUGACAUCAUAAAAAUUAGAUUGUUAUAUUCAUUUUACUUUCCUCAGCUCCAUAUAACCACAACAGCAGCUUUAUUUUUUAUUUUCAAUUUUGCGCUUUAUUUAAGUAAUGAUGCUACUAAUUUACAAGCGCAUAGUUUAACAUCUGAUCCACGAAAAUGUGGAUUUAUAGAUUCAUUUUAUAUUGCGCUUCUUCUUUUUAAAAAAUAUUAUAUUUUUUUAAGUACAUCUGUCAUUGUGUUUACAUUCACUGAUGCUAUGAUUCGCAGAGAUUAUAGCGAUUUUUUAUAUUCAAAACUUUUAUCACCGAGUUCUGUCAUUUUAGCUAAAUACUUGUUUUAUAAUGCACCUGGUUAUUUGAUUUUUGCUCUAAUUAUGUUUUUAAACUUACUUUAUAAUCAAAGUAAUAUUAAUUUAUACAGUACAGUUUUCUUGAUUAUUUUAGGAUUUUUUCAUUUAUUUUUAAUAGAACGCUUUAGUCUUCUACUUGAAUCAUUAUGUAGUAUUAAAACUUCUAAAAUAAUUUCAAUGAUUUAUUUAAUAAUCUCUGUAUUUAUGAUGAAUUUUAAUUUAUAUUAUGAUGAUUUCGUAAGGUUUGUUUAUUUAUUUUUGUGCUUUUUAGAUCCGUCAUUUCUUCUUAUUUUUAUAUCAGAAUAUUUUUUGUUAAAAUACGCUCUUAAGUCAACUGCGUCAUUGAUUUUUAAAAAAUUUUAUAUUGACAAUCAAUCAAAUCUGAUCAAUGCGCUAAAAAGUAAGAAUGGAUAUUUUUUAGCUGAUGUUAUAAAUAAAAAAGAAACAAUAAAAUGUGAAGAUGUUUUGGAAUUGGUUGGUCUACCUAAAAAUAUUUUUUUAGUUAUAUUAUUAUUUGUUAGUGUACUUAGUACAGUGACUGUAGUGGGAUUUUUUUUAUGGAGAAAAAAAAUUUUACCAAAUAUACGGCUAAAAUACAGCUAA